ACGCGCGCUACCAUCCGCACCCUCCAACUCAUCUUCGCGACACUCGUCGCCGCCCUUUACGCAGUUGACCUGGCCCAUGCCACUGAAACUGGAUCCCACGCCCCCUCGGAAUGGAUCUUCGCUCAGGUCGUCGCCUGUCUCUCCGCUGUGACGGCCAUCCUCCAUUGCACACUGGGGUUGAAGCGGGUGAUCGCGGCCUGGUCCGCCUGGGACUUUGUGCUGUUUGUUCUCUGGCUCGCGCAGACGGGGGUCUUCGGGACGAUAUACAUCUCUGAGGACGUGGAGCCACUGUACAGGGAGAGGACGACCUCUCUUCUCAGGAUGAGGGUGGCGGUCUGGAUCGAUCUCGUGAACAUGGCGCUGUGGUUGGGGACGACGGUCAUGGGGCUGGUUUGGUGUGUUCGGGGGCGGAAGGUUUCCCGG